GAUUCCCCGGUAUGAACAGUCUCAACGCCUAGGUCCCAAAUCGUCACCAUGAAGCCGAUACUUUUGUACCUGGCUGUGGUGCUCUGCACCUUUUGUAAAGGUGCCAUAAGCUCGUCUGAGUACACUACAUCUGAACCACCCAGUACUCCAGAAAAGGGAUCCCAUAUUCCAGAAGCAACUCCCACAUACUCAGAAGCACAUGAAGUUACUGGUGAAACGUUUACUUGGGGCAAUGGCGAAUACAAAGCUCUGAACGGCCGCAUCUUCUCCUUUGAGUCUUCGUGCACAUACACUUUCUGCCGUGACUGUGCUGAAUCUGGAGGAGACUUCAAUAUUGAGAUCAAAAGGCACAGUAACAGUGAGAUUGAAGAAAUAAAAGCUCUGAUUGAUGAUGUUGGCAUCUCAGUUUUGAAUAAUACUAUUUUUGUUAAUGACGAAAGGGUACAGGUGCCAUACACCAAUAAGAUGAUCCACAUUAAAAAACAAGGGAAUCACCAUGCUCUGAAUAGCCGCAGAAAAACCCUUUCUCUAAGGUGGAGCAAGAAAAAACUAUCACUCACUCUCUAUAGCCAGUAUACAACUUGUGGUCUUUGUGGCAACUUCAACAGCACUCCAGGUGAAGAUAUUAAUGAGCACAUUGCCAAUAGUAAAAUUUCCAAUGACUGUCCCAGCGCUUUGAGUAGGAACAAUGAAGUUUGUGAGGAUGGAGUACAGUAUUGUGACAAGAUUAUUGGAACUUACUUUGAGAACUGUGCGAAGGUUUCCCCUUUAUCCAGUGAGUACAAAAAGGUGUGCGUCGAUGAGUAUUGUCGAACUGGAGGUGGCAAGGACACUACAUGUGACACCUACUCGGAACUGGCCCAACUGUGUGCUUAUGAUGGUCCUGGUGCCUUUGAACACUGGAGAGAUGAUUCUGCUGUAGUUUGUGAAAAGCAACAGUGUCCAGGAAAGCACAUCUACAAAGAAUGUGGACCUUCAAACCCUCCAACUUGCUCUAACGUGGCUCCUUUUCAAGACAGUGAGUGCGUGAGUGGCUGCACCUGCCCAGAAGGUUAUCUAUUGGACGACAUUGGAGAGAAAGGAAAGUGUGUAUUAAAGGAAAAAUGUCCCUGUGAAUCUAAUGGAAAAGUGUAUAAGUCAGGAGAAGUCCGACAAGGUCCCUGUGGUUCUCAGUGCACAUGCCAAGAAGCUAAGUGGUCUUGCACCAAAGCUCUAUGUCCUGGGAUAUGUAAAGUGGAAGGGAGCUUAAUUACCACUUUCGAUGAUAAUACAUUUAACCACCCUGGAGAUUGUCACUUCGUGGCAGUCCACAAUGAAAAUAUUUCCAUCAGUGUUGAGCUUCGUCCAUGUGACGGUGGUCAGACAGGAUCGUGUCUAGAGAGUGUUACGCUUCUCCAAAACUCUUCUGUUUCAGGUAGUAGAUUUGUAUUCAACAGCGAUGGGACAGUCACAAAGGAUGGAGUUAGAAUUAAAGGUUAUUACUAUUCAGAUGAUGUACAGAUCUUCAAUGCAUCCUCUUUAUACAUGCAAGCAGAGGUGCUCUCUCUUCUAAAAAUGCAGAUACAAAUAGCUCCUGCCAUGCAAUUGUAUUUGUCCAUGGCCCCCGAUGCAUUCACAGAUACUGUCGGUCUUUGUGGUUCCUACAACAAUAAAGCUGAAGAUGAUUUCAUGUCAAGCCAGAAAAUUCUGGAGAGUACAGCUCAGGCGUUUGCUAAUUCCUGGGAGAUGAUGUCUUGCUCUAAGGGGAGCCCCUCUUCCUGCUUCAGUAUCGAAACAGAGAAGUUUGCUGAAAGCAACUGUGGGAUUCUUCUCAAUUCAAGCGGGCCUUUUGCUGCCUGUCACCAUACUGUGAACCCCAAGUUCUACUAUGAGGAAUGCAAAACAUACACAUGCUCUUGUGAAAACAGCCAAGAUUGCCUGUGUACAGUUUUAGGGAACUAUGUGAAAGCAUGUGCUGAGAAAGAAACAUACCUAGUGGGCUGGAGAUCUGGACUCUGUGAGCUUUCUUGUCCAAGUGGCCUUGUGUUUGAAUACAAAGUGAAAACUUGCAACAGCUCUUGCCGAUCACUCUCACAACGAGACAGAAGCUGUGAUAUACAAGACAUUCCAGUUGAUGGAUGUACUUGCCCUGAUGGAACGUACCAGAACAGUGAUGGAAACUGUGUUCAGAAGUCUGAGUGUGACUGUUAUGUUAAUGAUGACAUUGUGAAACCUGGCAAAUCCAUCCUUAUUGAUGACAACAGCUGUGUCUGCCAGGAUGGAGUGCUUCUUUGCCAAACUCCCCUUGAUUUGACCAUACAAAACUGUUCCAGAGGGGCUGAGUAUGUCGACUGCAAGGAUCCCAAGGCACAGAGAAGGACUGAAAGGACAUGUAGCACCCGGAAUAUACCUGAUUUUGAGGGAGACUUGCCAUGCAAACGUGGGUGUUACUGUCCUGUAGGAAUGGUCCGCAACUCUAAAGGGAUAUGUAUAUUUCCUGAUGACUGUCCCUGCUCUUUUGGUGACAGAGAAUAUGAACAAGGAAGUGUUACUUCUGUUGGCUGCAAUGAGUGCACUUGCAUAAAAGGGUCUUGGAACUGUACCCAAAAUGAAUGUCAAGCAACUUGCCACAUCUAUGGGGAUGGGCAUGUUAGAACCUUUGAUGGAGAAAGUUACAGCUUUGAUGGGCUUUGCCAGUACACAUUCCUUGAGGAUUACUGUGGUCAAGAAAAUGGCACAUUCCGUAUUCUAACUGAGAGUGUCCCGUGCUGUGAAAAUGGGCUUACCUGCUCCAGAAAAGUCAUAGUGGCUUUCCAGGAUCAAAACAUCAUCUUGCAAGAUGGUAAAGUAACAGCAGUUCAAACUACCGAAAGUAAGGAUUGUGAGCGCAAUGGGACUGUGUACUCCAUCCACACUGUUGGCCUCUACCUGAUUGUGAAACUUCCAAAUGGAAUCAUCCUGAUUUGGGACAAAUACACAAAAGUAUCUGUUAUUCUGGACCCAACGUGGCAGAGUAAAGUGUGCGGUCUUUGUGGAAAUAACAACGGUGAUCUUAAAGAUGACUUCACAACAAGGCACUCUUUGGUAGCUGCCACAGCCCUGGAAUUUGGAAACAGUUGGAAAACGAGUCAGGAGUGUUCAGAUACAGUAACUCAAAGCUUCCCAUGUGACUCGAACCCAUACUGCAAAGCCUGGGCUGAGAAGAAGUGUGAGAUCAUCAGGGAUGACACCUUCAGGGACUGCCACAACAAGGUGGACCCCACAACAUACUACAAUGCAUGUAUCGAAGAAGCCUGCGCAUGCGACAUGGAGGGGAAGUACCUUGGCUUCUGUACUGCUGUGGCAAUGUAUGCAGAGGCAUGCAAUGCAGCUGGAGUCUGUGUCUCAUGGAGGAAGCCAAAUCUUUGCCCUGUGUACUGUGACUACUACAAUGCACCUGGGGAAUGCAGUUGGCACUAUGAACCUUGUGGCACAGUGACAGCCAAAACAUGCAAGGAUCAGGUCAUUGGUCAGAAGUUCUCUUCACUUCUAGAAGGCUGUUACGCCAAGUGUCCAGAAAGCGCACCCUAUCUGGAUGAGAACACUAUGAAAUGUGUUCAGUUAUCUGAGUGCAGCUGCUUCUACAAUGAUGUCAUACCAGCAGGGGGUGUUGUUGUGGAUGACUGUGGAAGAACAUGCUACUGUUCCGCUGGCGAGCUGGAGUGCAGUGAGAUUCUGCCUACAAAUUCAACACCAACAGUUUCUAUUACCACAGCUGCUUCCACAUUAAGCACCUCAACAGCAGUGACCUCGGUGGCCAGCAGCUUAAGCUCAGGCUCUACUGGAACCUCAGCUCCUGCUAUUUCCACGGCAGGGACAACAGCAGCCCCAAGUUCAAGCGUCACCAGUUCUGCGCUUACAACAGGAACAAGUAGCAGAGCAGAUGCAGCCACCACAGGAGCUGUUGGUGAAAACACAUCUGGUGCAACUUCUGGGACCACCUUGGGAGGGGCAGGGAGCAGCACCUCUCUUCCUGCAAGUACAGGAGCUCCAGAUACAGGCACACCACAGGCAUCUUCUGGAAGUACCUCUGGAUUAGCAGGGAGCAGCACCCCUCUACCUGCAGGUACAGAAGCCUCAAGUACAGCGAGCACAGUGACAUCCCUGGGACAAACUACCAUCUCUCAAGCCACCAGUCUCUCCUCAGCCUCUGCCAGCAGUCAACCAGGCACUGCUGGUACAUCUACUGCAACCACCUCGGGAGGGGCAGAGAGCAGCACCCUUCUUCCUGGAAGUACUGCAGCCCCAGGUUCAGGCACAUCCGGUGCAUCUUCUGGAACCUCUUUGGGAGGGGCAGGGAGCAGCACCCCUCAACCUGCAAGUACUGGAGCCCCAGGUUCAGGGAGCACAGUGACAUCCUCAGGCCACACUACCAUCUCUCAAGCAUCCAGUCUGUCCCCAGCCUCUGCCAGCAGCAAACCAGGCACAGCUGGUGCAUCUACUGCCACCACCUCUGGAGGGGCAGAGAGCAGCACUCUUCCUGCAAGUACUGCAGCCCCAGGUUCAGGGAGCACAGUGACAUCCUCAGGCCACACUAGAAUCUCUCAUGGCUCUAGUCUGUCUCCAGGCUCUACCAGCAGCAAAACAGACACAGCUGGUACAUCUACUGCAACCACCUCAGGAGGGGCAGAGAGCAGCACCCCUCUUCCUGCGAGUACUGCAGCCCCAGGUUCAGGUACAACGGGAGCAACAUCUGGAGUAGCAAGGAGCAGCAUCCCUCCUCCUGCAAGUACUGGAGCCCCAGGUUCAGGGAGCACAGUGACAUCAUCAGGCCACACUACCAUCUCUCAAGCAUCCAGUCUGUCUCCAGGCUCUUCCAGCAGCAAAACAGGCACUGCUGGUACAUCUACUGCAACCACCUCGGGAGGGGCAGAGAGCAGCACCCUUCUUCCUGGAAGUACUGCAGCCCCAGGUUCAGCAGGCACAUCCAGUGCAUCUUCUGGAACCACCUUGGGAGGGGCAGGGAGCAGCACCCAUCAGCCUGCAAGUACUGCAACCCCAGGUUCAGGGAGUACAGUGACAUCCUCAGGCCACACUACUAUCUCUCAAACCUCCAGUCUGUCUCCAGGCUCUUCCAGCAGCAAAACAGACACAGUGGGUGAAUCUACUGCAACCACCACAGAAGGGGCUGGAACAAGCACCACUCUUCCUGCAAGCACUGAAGCCCCAGGUUCAGCAGGCACAUCCAGUGCAUCUUCUGGAACCACCUUGGGAGGGGCAGGGAGCAGCACCCAUCAACCUGCAAGCACUGGAGCCCCAGGUUCAGCAACAACUGGGUCAUCAGCUGGAACAACUAGAUCCCCAGGCAGUGAGCCCACCUCUCCUGAAGUCAAUGCAGGCACAGCUGGUACAUCUACUGCAACUACCUCGGGAGGGGCAGUGAGCAGCACCACUCUUCGUGCAAGCACUGCAGCCCCAGGUUCAGGCACAACAGGAUCAUCAUCUGCAACAACAUCUGUAGUCGCAGGGAGCAGUACCUCUCUACCUGCAAGUACAGGGAGCCCAGGUUCAGGGAGCACAGUGACAUCCACGGGCCACACUGCCUCCCCUCAAGCCUCCAGUCUGUCCCCAGCCUCUACCAGCAGUAAACCAGAGACAAAUCUAGAAUCCUCAGGCGUCACCACAACAACAGACAAAGGGAAAGAAAAUACCACUGGCUCAGGAUUCAGAGGAGUAGGUGAAGGUGGUCACACUGUUCAAAUGCCUAUUCAAGGCAACGCCAGCACACCCAGGCAACAAGGCUCUGCAGCCACCACUCUUGGAAGUUUAGCUUCUACAGGGGCAUCUGUGGGAACCACGUCAGGAUCAGGCAAAGGAAGCUCACCUGGAACACCAGGCACUACAGCCACCACCUCUGUUACACUAUCAGGAACAAGAGGAGAAACUAAUGCAGCCACCACUGGAGUUGCUGAGGCGAGCACACCCAGAGGAACAGGUUCAACCAGGGCAUCAUCUGCAUCAACCUCUGGAGCAGCAGGUGUCAGCACUCCUGGAGAAGCAGGCACUGUAGCCACAAGUUCUGGAGUUACCACUGGGCAAGUAUCCACAGAUGGGAAAGGCAGCACACCCAGGCAAGAAACUGGAGCCACCAGCCCAGGAACCUCAGGUUCAACAAAGGGAUCUGUGGAAACCUCCACAGUAGCAGGCGGGGGAAGCUCACCAGGAACACCAGGCACGGGGACCUCCAGCUCUGUUACACCAUCAGGAACAGAUGCAGCCACCACUGCAGCUCCUGGAACGAGCACAUCUGGAGGAACAGGCACACCCCAAGCAUCUUCUGCAACAACCUCUGAAGCAGCUGUCAGCAGCAGCCCUGGGACAGGAAGCACUGGAGUCACAGGAUCUGAUUCUGCCAGGACCACCACUGCUGGUUCAGUGGCCACCACCAAACCAUCCACCUCUGCCAGCACAGAACCAGGUACACCUGGAGCAUCAUCUGGAUCCAGCCCUGGCUCAGCAGGUGUCAGUCCUCCUGGAGAAGCAAGCCCUGGAACCACAGCUUCAGGAACCAUAAACACUGCUAGACGCUCGACCACUGUGAGUCCUGAAACAUCAACUAGACCAGUCACAACCUCUGCUAAGAGCAGUGCAGGGACCACUGCACCAUCAGCUGGUGAAACAACUACAGCCUCUAACAGUCAAUCAACCCAGCCUGGAGAACAACCAGGCUCUGCUGGAUCACCAACUUCUCUCACGUCCUCAGUGGGAACUGCAGGCACCACAGCACCCCUGCACUCCAGUCUCACCAGUUCUGGGACCACAAAAGGCCAAGGAAGUUCCACUGUGUCAACGUCUACUCAAGGAGAAGGCAGCACACCCAGGGAACAAGGCACUGCAAGCCCAGGAUCCUCAGGUUCAACAGGGACAUCUGUAGGAACCACCUCAGGAACAGGAAAAGAAAGCUCACCUGCAAGGCCAGGCACAGCCACCUCCAGCCCUGUUACACCAUCAGGAACAAGAGCAGGAACAGAUGCAGCCACCACUGCAGCUCCUGGUGCAGCAACAGGCACACCCCAAGCAUCCUCUGCAACAACCUCUGAAGCAUCUGUCAGCAGCAGCCCUGGGGCAGGAAGCACUGGAGCCCCAGGUUCCGAGUCUGCCAAGACCACCACUGCUGGUUCAGUGGCCACCACCAAACCAUCCACAUCUGCCAGCACAGAACCAGGCUCACCUGGGCCAUCAUCUGGAACCAGCCCUGGUACAGCAAGUGUCAGCACUCGAGGAGAAUCAAGCACUGGAACCACAGUUUCAGGAACCAUUAACACUGAAGGCGGCUCCACCACUGUGAGUCCUGCAACAUCGACUAGAGCGGUCACAACCUCUGGUAGGAGCAGUACAGGGAACGCCGCAUCAUCAGCUGGUGAAACAACUACAGCCUCUAGCAGUCAAUCAACCCAGCCUGGAGAACAACCAGGCUCUGCUGGAACACCAGUUGCUCUCACCUCCUCAGUGGGAACUUCAGGAACCACAGCACCCUUGGAUUCCAGCCUCACCAGUUCUGGGACCACAGAAGGCAAUAGCAUUUCUACUACAUCAACAUCUACUCAAGGAGAAGGCAGCACACCCAGGGAACAAGGCACUGCAGCUACAAGCCCAGGAUCCUCAGGUUCAACAGGGACAACUGUAGGAAUCACCUCAGGAGCAGGCAAAGAAAGCUCACCUGCAAGGCCAGGCACAGCCACCUCCAGCCCUGUUACACCAUCAGGAACAAGAGCAGCAACAGAUGCUGCCACCACUGCAGCUCCUGGAACGAGCACAUCUGGAGGAACAGAUUCUGCCAAGACCACCACUGCUGGUUCAGUGGCCACAACCAAACCAUCCACAUCUGCCAACACAGAACCAGGCACAAGUGGAGGAGCAGGUAUAACUACUUUGGGAACCACUGUAGGAAGUACAUCUGGAAGAACAGGCUCACCUGAGGCAUCAUCUGGAUCAAGCCGUGGUACAGCAGGUGUCAGCACUCCAGGAGAAGCAAGCACUGGAGUCACAGGAUCAGGAACCAUGAGUACUUCUGAAGCCUCAGCCAUUGUGAUUCCUACAACAUCAACUAGACCAGUCACAACCUCUGUUAAGAGCAGUACAGGGAUCACUGCACCAUCAGCUGGUGAAACAACUACAGCCUCUAACAGUCAAUCAACCCAGCCUGGAGAACAACCAGGCACAGGAAGUCCCACUGCGUCAUUGCCUACUCAAGCACAAGGCAGCACGCUCAGGGAACAAAGCAAUGCAGCUACAAGCCCAGGAACCCCAGCUUCAACAGGGGCAUCUGUGGGAACCACCUCAGGAGCAGACAAGGGAAGUUCACCUGGAACACCAGGCACUGCGGCCACCACCUCUGUUACACCAUCAGGAACAAGAGGAGAAACUAAUGCAGCCACCACUGGAGUUGCUGAGGCGAGCACACCCAGAGGAACAGGCACCCCUGGUACAUCUACUGCAACCACCUCGGGAGGGGCAGAGAGCAGCACCCCUCUUCCUGCAAGUACUGCAGCCCCAGGUUCAGGUACUUCACCUGGAACAACAUCUGGAGUAGUAGGGGGCAGCACUCCUUUACCUGUAAGCACUGGAGCCCCAGGUUCAGGGAGCACGGUGACAUCCUCAGGCCACACUACAAUCUCUCAUGGCUCUAGUCUGUCCCCAGGCUCUACCAGCAGCAAAACAGGUUCACCUGGUGCAUCUGCUGCAACCACCUCUGGAGUGGCUGGUAGCAGCACCCCUCUUCCUGCAAGUACUGGAUCUCCAGGUUCAGGCACAACGGGAUCAUCAUCUGGGACAACAUCUGUAGUCGCAGGGGGCAGCACCUCUCUACCUGCAAGUACAGGAAGCCCAGGUUCAGGGAGCUCAGUGACAUCCUUGGGCCACACUACCUCCCCUCAAGCCUCCAGUCUAUCCACAGCCACUACCAGCAGCAAACCAGCUUCAACAGGGGCAUCUGUGGGAACCACCUCAGGAGCAGGCAAGGGAAGUUCACCUGGAACACCAGGCACUGCGGCCACCACCUCUGUUACACCAUCAGGAACAAGAGGAGAAACUAAUGCAGCCACCACUGGAGUUGCUGAGGCGAGCACACCCAGAGGAACAGGUUCAACCGGGGCAUCAUCUGCAUCAACCUCUGGAGCAGCAGGUGUCAGCACUCCUGGAGAAGCAGGCACUGCAGCCACAAGUUCUGGAGUUACCACUGGGCAAGUAUCCACAGAUGGGAAAGGCAGCACACCCAGGCAAGAAACUGGAGCCACCAGCCCAGGAACCUCAGGUUCAACAAAGGGAUCUGUGGAAACCUCCACAGUAGCAGGCGGGGGAAGCUCACCAGGAACACCAGGCACGGGGACCUCCAGCUCUGUUACACCAUCAGGAACAAGAGCAGGAACAGAUGCUGCCACCACUGCAGCUCCUGGAACGAGCACAUCUGCAGCAACAGGCACAUCCCAAGCAUCUUCUGCAACGACCUCUGAAACAGCUGUCAGCAGCAGCCCUGGGACAGGAAGCACUGGAGCCCCAGGUUCCAAUUCUGCCAAGACCACCACUGCUGGUUCAGUGGCCACAACUAAACCAUCCACCUCUGCCAACACAGAACCAGGGACCACUGCACCAUCAGCUGGUGAAACAACUACAGCCUCUAGCAGUCAAUCAACCCAGCCUGGAGAACAAUCAGGAACAAGAGCAGCAACAGAUGCUGCCACCACUGCAGUUCCUGGAACGAGCACAUCUGGAGGAACAGGCACAUCCCAAGAAUCCUCUGCAACAACCUCUGAAGCAGCUGUCAGCAACACCCCUGGGACAGGAAGCACUGGAGCCCCAGGUUCCAAUUCUGCAAGGACCACCACUACUGGUUCAGAGGCCACAACCAAACCACCCACCUCUGUCACCACAGAACCAGGAACCAUAAACACUGUUGGAGACUCCACCACUGUGAGUCCUGCAACAUCGACUAGAUCAGUCACAACCUCUGGGACCACUGCACCAUCAGCUGGUGAAACAACUACAGCCUCUAACAGUCAAUCAACCCAGCCUGGAGAACAACCAGGCUCUGCUGGAACACCAGCUGCUCUUACCUCCUCAGCAGGGAAUGCAGGCACCACAGCAACCGUGCACUCCAGCUUCACCAGUUCUGGGACCACAGAAGGCAAAAGCAGUUCCACUGUGUCAGGGUCUACUCAAGGACAAGGCAGCACACUCAGGGAACAAAGCACUGCAUCUACAAGCCCAGGAACCCCAGCAACAAGAGCAGGAACAGAUGCAGCCACCACUGCAGCUCCUGGAACGAGCACAUCUGGAGGAACAGGCACACCCCAAGCAUCCUCUGCAACAAGCUCUGUCAGCAGCAGCCCUGUGACAGGAAGCACUGGAGCUCCAGGUUCCGAUUCUGCAAGGACCACUACUGCUGGUUCAGUGGCCACAACUAAACCAUCCACCUCUGCCAGCACAGAACCAAGCUCACCUGAGCCAUCAUCUGGAUCCAGCCCUAGUACAGCAGGUGUCAGCACUCCUGGAGAAUCAAGCCCUGGAGCCACAGUUUCAGGAACCAUAAAUCCUAUUGGAGACUCCACCACUGUGAGUCCUGCAGCAUCAACUAGAUCAGUCACAACCUCUGGUAGGAGCAGUACAGGGACCACUCCACCAUCAGCUGGUGAAACAACUACAGCCUCUAGCAGUCCAACAACCCAGCCUGGAGAACAACCAGGCUCUGCUGGAACACCAGUUGCUCUCACCUCAGUGGGAACUGCAGGCACCACAACACCCCUGCACUCCAGUCACACCAGUUCUGGGACCACAGAAGGCAAAGCAAGUACAACUGUGUCAGUGUCCACUCAAGGAGAAAGCAGCACCCCCAGGGAACAAGGCACUGCAGCUACAAGCCCAGGAACCCCAGCUUCAACAGGGGCAUCUGUGGGAACCACCUCAGGAGCAGACAAGGGAAGUUCACCCGGAACACCAGGCACUGCGGCCACCACCUCUGUUACACCAUCAGGAACCAAAAAAAAAGGAGAUAAAGACAGCAGUGAAUCUUCUGAGGAAAACACAUCUAAGGAAAAAGGUCCCUCUAGGCCUAUAUCCAGUGAUGAGGAAGGCAGCACAUCUGAGAAACUAGGACCUGCACCUACAAGCCCACGAAUCUCCGCAAGCGCUACCACACCCACACCAAGAGGAGAAGAGGGCAGCACAUCUGAAGGACAUAGCCCUAGCGUUACCAGUUCAGAAGUGUCAGCAGGGUCAACGGGAGUCUCAGCCAAGUCAAGUGUAGCAACUGGAAGAACCACCAGCCUGCCACACCUGACUGCCACAUCUGGGCAAUCACCUGAAGUGAAGGAGGCGUCCACACCUUCAGUAGGGAGCACAGUACGAUCAGAUCAAACUACCCUAUCUUCUGGCACUACAACAACCACUGGACAUCCAUCAACUCAUGUACUACGAACAAGUAGAGAAACUGUUAGGGAAACAGGAACAACUGUUGUGUCGUCUGGAGUUACAGAGAAAACUUCACAAUCCCUUGAACAAUCAGCAACCACUGGACCCUCAACAAAAGCACCAGAGACAACAAAGGUAUCUAUAACUGGCACUCAGGUAACUGGCACAUCAACUAGAGGAACAGAGGCAAAGACAACCUCAGCUGGAAAAGCAAUAGGAACUACACCAAUACCUAGAGUGGCAGUGACAUCUGGGCAAACACCUGGUACCACAGCAGCAACUAGUCCAUCAGUUUCUGUGUCAGGAAAUACACUAACAACUGGUAAACUGACUGUGACAUCUGGCCAGACCACUAGGGUGACUGCCACAUCUGGGCAAUCACCUGAAGUGAAUGCGGCAUCCACACCUUUAGUAGGGAGCACAGUGCGAUCUACUGUAGUUUCAGAUCAAACUACCCUAUCUUCUGGCACUACAACAACCACUGGACAUCCGUCAACUCAAGUACUACGAACAAGUAGAGAAACUGUUAGGGAAACAGGAACAACUAUUGUGUCGUCUGGAGUUACAGAGAAAACUUCACAAUCCCUUAAACAAUCAGCAACUACUGGACCCUCAACUAAAGCACCAGAGACAACAAAGGUAUCUAUAACUGGCACUCGGGCAACUGGCACAUCAACUAGAGGAACAGAGGCAGAGACAACCUCAUCUGGAAAAGCAAUAGGAACUACACCAAUACCCAGAGUGGCAGUGACAUCUGGACAAACACCUGGUACCACAGCAGCAACUAGUCCAUCAGUUUCUGUGUCAGGAAGUACACUAACAACUGGUAAACUGACUGUGACAUCUGGCCAGACCACUAGGGUGACUGCCACAUCUGGGCAAUCACCUGAAGUGAAGGAGGCGUCCACACCUUCAGUAGGGAGCACAGUGCAAUCUACUGUAGUUUCAGAUCAAACUACAACAACCACUGGACAUCCAUCAACUCAAGUACUACAAACAAGUAGAGAAACUGUUAGGGAAACAGGAACAACUGUUGUGUCAUCUGGAGUUACAGAGAAAACUUCACAAUCCCUUAAACAAUCAGCAACUACUGGACCCUCAACUAAAGCACCAGAGACAACAAAGAUAUCUAUAACUGGCACUCAGGUAACUGGCACAUCAACUAGAGGAACAGAGGCAAAGACAACCUCAGCUGGAAAAGCAAUAGGAACUACACCAAUACCCAGAGUGGCAGUGACAUCUGGACAAACACCUGGUGCUACAGCAGCAACUAGUCCAUCAGUUUCUGUGUCAGGAAGUACACUAACAACUGGUAAACUGACUGUGACAUCUGGCCAGACCACUAGGGUGACUGCCACAUCUGGGCAAUCACCUGAAGUGAAGGAGGCGUCCACACCUUCAGUAGGGAGCACAGUGCGAUCUACUGUAGUUUCAGAUCAAACUACCCUAUCUUCUAGCACUACAACAACCACUGGACAUUCGUCAACUCAUGUACUACUAACAAGUAGAGAAACUGUUAGGGGAACAGGAACAACUGUUGUAUUGACUGGAAUUACAGAGAGAACUUCACAAUCCCUUGAACAAUCAGCAACUACUGGACCCUCAACUAAAGCACAGGAGACAUCAAAGGUUACUGUAACUGACACAAGUAUAUCUGACUUGUCAACAGGAGUAACCUUAAGAAAUGUUUCAUCCAUUGGAGAGUCAGCUAUAACUGUACCCUCUGCUGAAGUAAUAUUAACUACUAGGGUAACAGUUACUGGCUCGGAGACUGUCAGUUCACCAAGUGCAAUUACAGGGACAACUGUGUCAUAUGAUGGAAAAUCAUUUUCAACUGGAUCAGUACCUGGAGUGUCCAUUUCAUCUGGGCAAACACCUGCAGCUACUGGUGUUUCUAGAUCAUCUUUAGGAUCACCAUCUAUAAGCACAAUUGGUGAUUUGACCUCAACAUUGGAACCAUCACCUGGAGUGACUGUACCUUUGGAGCUUUCACCAGGAAGCAUAAUGGCAUCCAGUUUAUUUACUGAAGUUCCUGGAAGAACUGUACCACCUAAUGAAGGAGCUACAAGCAGAGGAAAUACUACUAGAGAAACAGAAACUGAGUCUACAUCAAAUGAAGAACCAUCAGAACAGCCUGCAGUAACAGCCACCACUGGCCUUACCUUUGCCACAACUGUUGCCCCAAGCAGUUCCAGCACAGGAGUCCCCACAGAAACACCAGGCAGCCAAAGCACAGGAGGGAAAACAGAUUCUUCUUCAGCUGAAGUCACAACCAGUGCCCACACACCCCAGCCAGAUUCCUCUUCAGCUGAAGUCACAACCAGUGCCCACACACCCCAGCCAGAAACCACUACAAGAACAACAGAAGGUCAAACCACUGAAAAUAAAACAGUGUGUUCAAGCCUGCCACCACCAGCCCCAGUGUGUCGUGGUCCACUGGGAGAAGAGAAAUCUACUGGAGACAUAUGGACAUCUAAUUGCCACCAAUGUACCUGUACUGAAGCAAGGGCUGUGGAAUGCAAACCUAAAGAGUGUCCUUCUCCACCCACCUGCAAAACUGGAGAGAAGCUUAAGACAUUCAAAUCAAAUGAUUCCUGCUGUGAAAUUGGCCACUGUGAACCAAGAACGUGUUUAUUUAACGAUACUGAUUAUGAGAUUGGUGCAUCCUUUGAUGACCCUAGCAACCCAUGUGUCUCCUACACCUGCAACAGCACUGGCUUGGUGGCUGUGGUUCAGGACUGCCCAAAGCAAACCUGGUGCGCAGAAGGAGAGAGAACCUACGAUUCAAAGAAAUGUUGCUAUACAUGUAAGAGUGACUGCAGAACUUCACCUGUGAAUGUGACCAUUAAAUAUAAUGGCUGUAGGAAGAAAGUUGAGAUGGCAAGAUGUGUAGGAGAAUGCAAAAGGACCCUCAAGUACAAUUAUGAGACAUUCCAAUUGGAGAAUUCAUGUAUUUGCUGCCGUGAAGAAAAUUAUGAAUACAAGGACAUUGACCUCGAUUGUUCUGAUGGCAGCACCAUCCCAUACAGAUACAGGCACACUACAACCUGCUCUUGUCUGGACCAGUGUGAACAGUCUACAGACAGUUAAUGCCUACACUGCCUUUCUGGUUGCACUUGUUUUAAACAGGAAGAAAAAUAAUUAAAUAAUGUGGACGGACAAGUAUGUCUUAUUUAAAAAAUUAGGCCCACGAUGAGGCAUUCCAUUGUGUUGUUGACAGUGCCUGGAAAAUAAAUGCAAUUGUGCAAGUA